GAGGGCAGGCACGAGAGAAGCUGCACGUCAAAACAUCGCCUGCCAACACCAUCCACCGCGCCCAGACACACCGCACCGCCGCCUCUCUGCCGCUGAACCCACUCCACUACUAGAUCUGAGCAUUGCACCUCACUCUCACCGCCGCCAAUCCGACGUCCCCACUGUAUUGCGCCCGAAUCAGGACUCUCUGUGGACACAGCACUCUCCUGUGUUUGACCGCGCCGCCCGACCACGACUUCGACCCCUACCGCCCACGCUGAUUCCACGACAAUGGCAGAAGCUGCCGCGCUGAGGCAGCAGCCCGUCAUGGGCGAUACGGCCAUGGAGGACGCAGGCAAGGUCGAGCACAGCCUGGGCACGCCAAUUGAUCCGCCCACCAUACCCACCCUCGAUGGCUGGAUUGAGUCGCUCAUGACCUGCAAACAACUCGCAGAGGACGACGUGAGACGGUUGUGCGAGAAAGCGCGCGAAGUGCUGCAAGAGGAGUCGAACGUACAGCCCGUGAAAUGCCCAGUCACAGUCUGCGGCGACAUACACGGCCAGUUCCACGACCUGAUGGAGCUGUUCAAGAUCGGAGGCCCCAAUCCUGACACCAAUUACCUCUUCAUGGGCGACUAUGUCGAUCGUGGAUACUUCUCCGUCGAGACCGUCACGUUGCUCGUCGCGCUCAAGAUUCGCUACCCAGGGCGCAUCACGAUCCUGCGCGGGAACCACGAGUCGAGACAGAUCACACAAGUCUAUGGUUUCUACGACGAGUGUCUGCGCAAAUACGGCAAUGCCAAUGUGUGGAAGUUCUUCACGGAUCUGUUUGAUUACCUCCCUCUCACGGCAUUGAUCGACAACCAGAUCUUCUGCUUGCACGGUGGUCUGUCGCCGAGCAUUGACACGCUGGACAACAUUCGUGCUCUCGACCGCAUUCAGGAAGUGCCGCACGAGGGCCCAAUGUGCGAUCUCCUUUGGUCAGAUCCAGAUGACAGAUGUGGAUGGGGAAUCAGCCCCAGAGGUGCUGGGUAUACGUUUGGACAGGAUAUCAGUGAGGCGUUCAACCAUAACAAUGGUCUUACGCUCGUGGCGAGAGCGCAUCAGCUGGUUAUGGAGGGCUACAACUGGAGUCAGGACAGGAACGUGGUCACGAUAUUCUCUGCACCAAACUACUGCUACCGCUGUGGUAAUCAAGCUGCGAUCAUGGAAAUUGAUGAGCAUCUGAAAUACACCUUCCUGCAAUUCGACCCUUGCCCGCGUGCUGGCGAACCUAUGGUCUCCCGCCGAACACCAGACUACUUCUUGUAGUGUUCUGGUCACGAAGAUUCGGUAAUUUUCGCGUCCCUGAUACUAGCGUACGACCCGCGAAGGAAAAAUGAGCUAGGACGACUUGCUGAGAUAUGGCUGGCGGCAAUGAUGACGAAAUGUGGACAACCUCGGUGCCUUUUCUUAGCGUGUUGUCGUCCUC